AUGUGGAGCUGGUUCGGCGGUGGUUCCGCCCAGUCUCGCAAAGACUCUCCCAAGAAUGCCAUCCUCAACCUCCGUUCGCAGCUUGAUAUGCUGCAGAAGCGAGAGAAGCACCUGCAGAACCAAAUAGAAGAACAGCAGAAUAUUGCGCGCAAGAACGCCACUACAAACAAGAAUGCGGCAAAGGCGGCCUUGCGACGUAAGAAGGCGAACGAGCAUACUUUGGAUCAGACCUUGGCGCAAAUAGGCACCCUCGAGACGCAGAUCAAUGCGAUAGAAUCGGCCAACAUUAACCACGAGACUUUGCUGGCGAUGCAGCAGGCGGGCAAGGCCAUGGCGAAUAUUCACGGCAAGCUUACGCCAGAGAAGGUCGACCAGACAAUGGAUGAACUUCGAGAGCAAAACGCACUUAGCGAGGAGAUUGUCAAUGCAAUCACUUCGAAUCAUAUUGGCGAGGUCAUCGAUGACGACGAGCUAGAGGACGAGCUGGACCAGCUUCAGCAGGAGAAGCUGGACGAGGAUAUCCUCAAGACAGGAAGCGUGCCUGUUGCAGAUAUUGUGCACAAGAUGCCGUCAGUGGCAAACCAGGAGCCCGUUCCAAGCAGGAGCCAAGCUGUCGAAGAGGACGACGAAGAAGCCGAGCUCAGAAAGCUCCAAGCCGAAAUGGCCAUGUAA